UCUGGAAACAAUAAUUCACGAGAAGUAGCUGAAUUCUCUGCUGCAUGCUACUUUGAAUUCACUUUCUUCUUCUGCCGAGCAAGCUCUACUUUAAUUUACUUACUAGUUCGAUCACCUGAUGAAUGGAUGGAUGGAUGGAUGGAUGAUAUGAGCAAAGGGUUAUGUAUGGGUGGAGGAGACUAGAGAUCAGUUGUACGUUCUCAAGGUUUUCGUAAACGUUCCUUGUGGUGUGUGAUUGGAUUCAUGAAACUCGGUAACAGUUUUUUGGUAUUCUUCUCGCGAUCUGAUGCAUCUGAAACAGUUUAUGUUGCUCCUCGAGUCAAUUCACACCUUCGGAAGGGAAGUGCCUUGCGAUUGUGUGUUUUGACAUAUAUUGAUUAAUCGACGAUAGGAAAGCAUGGCUGCAUUAUGUUUCAAUCCAUUUCGGCUUCGUAAAGCCAAGAGCAAGUCAUUAUCUAUUUCUUCGUCUUCAAGAAGCCAAUGGAAUAGUAACAGCAAUACUAUGGAGAAGAAGAGGUUUGACAGCAUAGAAUCGUGGUCGAUGAUUUUGGACUCAGAAAAUAUUGAGAAUUGGGAAACGUCUAACGAAGAUCGAGAAGAUUGGACAGCUGAUCUUUCUCAGUUGUUCAUCGGCAAUAAAUUCGCUUCUGGAGCACACAGCAGAAUUUACCGCGGGAUCUACAAACAGAGGGCGGUGGCAGUAAAAAUGGUUAGGAUUCCAACUCACAAGGAAGAGACUAGAGCUUUGCUGGAGCAGCAAUUCAAAUCCGAAGUUGCUCUCCUUUCUCGCCUGUAUCAUCCCAAUAUUGUGCAGUUCAUUGCUGCUUGUAAAAAACCUCCAGUUUACUGCAUCAUCACAGAAUACAUGUCACAAGGAAAUCUAAGGAUGUACCUGAACAAGAAAGAGCCAUAUUCCCUGUCCAUCGAAACUGUUCUGAGAUUAGCCUUAGACAUAUCAAGUGGAAUGGAGUAUCUCCACUCACAAGGCGUGAUACACAGAGACCUCAAAUCAAACAACUUGCUAUUAAACGACGAGAUGCGCGUUAAGGUUGCAGACUUCGGCACCUCCUGCUUGGAAACACAGUGCAGGGAAGCCAAAGGCAACAUGGGGACAUAUCGAUGGAUGGCCCCAGAGAUGAUCAAGGAGAAACCUUACACUCGUAAAGUCGAUGUUUACAGCUUCGGAAUUGUGCUAUGGGAACUCACCACAGCUUUGCUCCCUUUCCAGGGAAUGACUCCUGUCCAAGCUGCUUUUGCAGUUGCCGAAAAGAAUGAGCGGCCGCCAUUGCCGGCAAGCUGCCAGCCGGCAUUAGCCCACCUCAUAAAACGGUGCUGGGCCGCGAACCCCUCAAAGCGCCCCGACUUUGGCGAAAUAGUGUCGGCGCUGGAGAAGUACGAUCAGUGCGUGAAGGAGGGGCUUCCUCUAACACUGCACUCAGGUAUAGUUAGCCGAAACGCUAUAAUCGAACGCUUGAAAGGGUGUGUAUCCAUGAGUUCAUCCAUACCUGUCCAUGCCUGAGUCUGUCUGUCUGUCUGUCUUACUGACUGCUAGCCUUCUCUACAUUCCACUUUUUUUUUUUUUUUUCUUUAAAUUUUUAUGUAGUGAUAUGUGUAUAUGAAUUUGCUGCCCUUAUUGUUGCUUACUUAAGUUGUGAUAGACAGACAUGUUUGUAUGAUCUGACUGAACUCAUACAAUGGUGUAUAACUGUAAGUUGUGACUCAUAAGCAGUUAGUUUAUCUUGGACAACUGAGAUCAUUGCAGGGCCAAGAACUUGCUCAUGGACAUGGCGGUUACUGAUCAAUGAUGGUCUCUUACAGUUGGAGAAAGAAUUGUGUAAUCAAACCACUUCCAGGUAGGUAUCUACAGCUUCUGUCUUUUGGGCAUGUUUUAUUUGAUUUUCACAUUGAUAUUGAUCAUUGUUAUUUUAUUUUAUUUUAUUUUAUUUUAUUUUGCUGUUGAGUUCUUCAUAAUUACUAUAAUUUAUAGACAUUAUUGGUUAACUCCACUGGUGACCUUUCUAAAAUGCAAAACUUAGGUCAUAAGCUUUGUGUUCGAUUGAGUUUUGUUCCUUCUAUGGUUAUUGGAGUUUAAAUGUGUGUUCAGCUGUGUUUUACGGCCCAUUUAUUAG